CGUGUCCGGCGCCGCUUCCCGGGAAGUUUCAAGUUUGAAAGUCUGGCACUGAGGCCCGGGCUUCCGGAACCGUAGUGGAGGAGAGCACAGGCCGGCGAGGCGCCAUGGAGCAGGAGGGGGCGGCGCGCCAGUCUGGGACUGGCCCGAGGAUCCCUGAGGAUGAGAAAGAGGGGAUCCGCCGAGCUAUCCGAAAGGAGCUGAAGAUCAAGGAGGGCAUGGAGAACAUGCUGCGAGUGGCCACGGACCGACGCCACCUGGGCCACGUACAGCAGCUGCUGAGGGCCUCCAACCGCCGCCUGGAGCAGCUGCAUGGCGAGCUACGGGAGCUGCAUGCCCAAGUUCUGCUGCCGGCCUCAGCCGAGCCAAUGUCCUCAGGACCCCAGCCUCGGACAGAGCAGUCAAGGGCUCGGCACCUGGAGGCCUUACAGAGGCAGCUGCAGGUGGAGCUGAAGGUAAAACAGGGGGCCGAGAACAUGAUGCACACGUGUGCCAGCGGCACCCCCAAGGAAAGGAAACUCCUGGCAGCUGCCGGGCAGAUGUUUAAGGACAGCCAGCUGAAGGUGGCCCUGCUCCGAAUGAAGAUAAGCAGCCUGGAGGCCAGCGGGUCCCCAGAGCCAGGCCCUGACUUGCUGGCCCAGGAGCUGCAGCACCGGCUGAGAAUCGAGGCUGCUGUGGCUGCAGGUGCCAAGAACGUGGUGAAGCUCCUCGGUGGCCAGAGAACGCAGGACCGCAAGGCACUGGCCGAGGCCCAGGCCCAGCUCCAGGAAUCUUCCCAGAAGCUGGAUCUCCUUCGACUGGCCCUGGAGAUGCUCCUGGAGAAGCUGCCUCCCGCCCAUUCUCUGCGCAGCAGGGUGACCCGAGAGCUACGGAUGGCCCUGCUUGGGAACCCUCAGCCCUUGGGGACGUUUGUGAAACCCAUUGCCCUGACAGGGACACUACAGGUUCGCCUCUUGGGCUGUGACCAACUGCUGGUAGCUGUGCCUGGGCGUUCUCCCAUGGCUGUCCUGGCAGGAAGCCCUUCCGAAGGCUGGCUCCGAACCAGGUCCAGGCAGCAGCGUGGUGGAGGGGAACCAGCCAGUGAGGUAUUGGCCGUGUUGAAGGUUGACAACCGUGUUGUGGGCCAAACAGGAUGGGGACAGGUGGCUGAGAAAUCCUGGGACCAGGCUUUUGUCAUCUCCUUGGACCGAGCCCGAGAGCUGGAGAUCGGGGUUCACUGGCGGGACUGGCGACAGUUGUGUGGCGUGGCCUUUCUGAAGCUUGAGGACUUCCUGGACAAUGCCUGUCACCAGCUUUCUCUCAGCCUGGUGCCGCAGGGGCGGCUCUUUGCCCAGGUUACUUUCUGUGAGCCUGUCAUUGAAAGGAGGCCGCGGUUACAGAGGCAGAGGCGCAUCUUCUCUAAGCGGAGAGGCCAGGACUUCCUGAGGGCUUCCCAGAUGAACCUCAGCAUGGCGGCCUGGGGGCGCCUCGUCAUGAGCCUGCUGCCCCCCUGCAGCUCACCAAGCACAGUCAGUCCCCCUAAGGGGUGCCCCCCAACUGCAACCUGUGGGACCUCCUAUUCUGCUUCCCCCAGUAACUUCCUGCCCAUGAAGACUCUCUCUCCAGAAGUCAUGAAGCCUCCGCCCAAGCCCCCUCGCCUCUAUCUGCUCCAAGAACCAGCCCCAGGGACUCCUUGCACCAAGCGCCCCCACAUGGACCCUGCAACUGGACUAGUGCCCCCCACCUUGGCAGCCCUACCCACCAGGAAACCCCCCAGACUUCAGGACUUCCGAUGCUUGGCUGUGCUAGGCCGGGGACACUUUGGGAAGGUCCUCCUGGUCCAGUACAAAGGAACAGGAAAAUACUACGCUAUCAAGGCACUGAAGAAGCAGGAAGUGCUGGGCCGGGACGAGAUGGACAGCCUGUACUGUGAGAAGCGGAUCCUGGAGGCGGUGGGCCGCACAGGGCACCCCUUCCUGCUGUCCCUGCUUGCCUGUUUCCAGACCUCCAGCCAUGCCUGCUUUGUUACUGAGUUUGUGCCGGGUGGAGACCUCAUGAUGCAGAUCAACGAGGAUGUCUUUCCGGAGCCCCAGGCCUGCUUCUACCUGGCCUGUGUGGUCCUGGGGCUGCAGUUCCUACACGAGAAGAGGAUCGUUUACAGGGAUCUCAAGUUGGAUAACCUACUGCUGGAUGCCCAGGGUUUCCUGAAGAUUGCGGACUUUGGACUAUGCAAGGAAGGGAUUGGCUUUGGUGACCGGACCAGCACCUUCUGUGGCACCCCAGAGUUCCUGGCCCCCGAAGUUUUGACUCAGGAGGCUUACACGCGGGCUGUGGAUUGGUGGGGGCUGGGUGUGCUGCUCUAUGAGAUGCUAGUGGGUGAGUGCCCAUUCCCGGGGGACACAGAGGAGGAGGUGUUUGACUGCAUCGUUAAUGCAGAUGCCCCAUACCCUCGCUUUCUGUCCGUGCAAGGGCUUGAACUCAUUCAGAAGCUCCUCCAGAAGUGCCCAGAGAAGCGUCUAGGGGCAGGAGAGCGGGAUGCAGAGGAGAUUAAGGUUCAGCCGUUCUUCAGCACCACCAACUGGCAGGCCUUGCUUGCCCGCACCGUCCAGCCCCCCUUUGUGCCUACUCUCUGUGGCUCUGCAGACCUUCGCUACUUUGAGGAAGAGUUCACCUGCCUGCCUCCGACGCUGACCCCGCCAGUCUCCCAAAGUCGCCUCACGGCUCGCCAACAGGCUGCCUUCCAGGACUUUGACUUUGUGUCUGAGCAGUUCCAGGAGUCCUAAGGGUCUCCCGGCACCUCUGCCAGACUGCUUGUCCAUGCGCCCAGGGUCAGGUAUUUAAUGAGUGGGUGGGGUUCCAGGUGGUUGCCAUGGGGCUGCUGA